AUGCCAUCGUACGGCUAUGAUGCUAUUGUAGAAAGUUCAGUGGUAAUGGCAGCACCUGCUAGUCCUGUUAUGGCUCCUCUCAGCAUGAUGCACUAACUUUACCGGUGGGAAUCCUCUCCACACGAAAACGAAAGUAAGGACAAGUGUUCAUUGGGAAACCCCAUUUGUCUUCCUUCAUGAAGCAGGAGAGCGAGAGCGGAGUCUCAAAGGAAAGCCUCACUCUGCAGCAACGUGCACCCCUUCAAUCUCACAGCCGAAAAGGAGAUGAAGAAAAUGAGAGGAUUGACAGGAUUUGGCAAACUUGGAAGGACGGACAGCACAAGACGUUUAAUGGAGAAGAACCAGGAGGACGAGGUCAUACCGGACGGGCCCGAGCUGGCUCGCCCCAGCUGCGACACCUCGACCCAGAACCCUCAGAGCAACCACGAGGAAAGUGAGAGACGGAUCACAAGUGAGGAGGCGGCCGAACUUCUCUGCGUGGCCCCCGAUGCUUUGACCUCCGAGGCCGGACCCCCGCAGUCCGUCGUUGGCCUCAUAGAGGUGUUUCUGGAACAGCACUUCCCGAAGAUACCGGCCGACGUGGAGCAGACCUUAAGUCGCCACCUGCUGGAGGUGCAGGAGACGCUGCUCAGGGAGCUCGUGAGGUUGGCCCCCCGACUCCAUUCUGAGGGAUUGUUGGAAUGCUGCCACCAGCAGACAUUUAAACAUCUUGAUCAUCUACUUCGGAUCAUCCGCAUCCCCAGAGAAUUGUUAUUUCUGAUUAACUGGGUCCUACAUACAUAUCUGAGCCGGGACCUGCUUGGUCAUCCUGACCUUCAGUGCACAGAUCCCAUAAAAAAGGUCGACCUCCUGCUGUUAACACGGUGGACGUCCCAAGCGGAGGAAAUAUUGUUUGAAAUUCUGAUGACGGAUAUCGGCCGUUGCCUGGAGAAGAUCCUGCAGAUGGAAAUGAACCACGAUGAUCUUUACGUGGACGCGAUUCAGUGCAUUGACGCCGUGCCCCAAAAUGUCCUCAAAAUCAGCCCACAACUGUCUGAUAAGCUGCAGGAGGGUUGCAUGCGAGAGCUGCUGCGGUUUCUGAAAAAGUUCACGGCGGCGCAGAAGGACCUUCUGAGAAAGAAAGCAAAAAUGGACGAACCAGAAACAAAAGAUUUUUUCAGGAAUUUGAAGAACUGUAAAGGACUCAAGCAGUACAUCCAGGAAAAAGACAAAGAGAAAAAAUACCCUCUCAUGGAAAUCAUUGAAGACAUGGAGGCUUUUACUUUGAAACUCCUGAGGGAAAUCUUCGCUGACAUCGCAGAGAGCCGCCUGAAGAAAUACUUCAAAUCACAGAACAAGGAAUUCUCCCUCUUGCUCGAUGACGUAAGAAGCCUCCUCUCAGGUCUGUCCGACUACGAGGACGUUCAGAUGAGAGUGAUGGACGAGGCCUACAAGCUCCUCGCUCACGUUUACCUCAAACGCCUCGUCGGAACGCGCCUGAGCCGCCUGAGGAGGCGCUGGCAGCCCGACGUGGGACGAAGGGUCACCGAGGACGCCGAGCUGCUUCACCACUUCCUCGCGGAUCUGGUUCGCGGGGUCGCUGGCUGGAACGCCAUGCUGCUGAAAGUCGAAGAUCUGUUGAGCGUCGAGAGUCUUGAUGUGAUGAAAGUGACAGCGGCGGAGAUGCAGAAGGAGUGUCACCCGGGGAGCGGUGACCUGCAGCUCCUGCCCGCGCUGCUGCAGUGGCGAGGUCUCUCCGGAUCCCAGAUCAGGGACGUGCAAUAUGCCAUGAUGGACCUACCCGGCUUUCAACUCCCACCCACGCCUGCUUCCUGCUUCUCCUGCUUCACCUGGUGGCGAAGCUGCUGCACGCCGGAAUCCACGGUUGUCAGCGAGGAGGACGGCUCUCAGAUCUGAUGCAAGGGAGUUGGAAUAAGCUUCAAGUGUACGUUAUGUCACUGGUGUCGCUUCCUUUCAGGUGUCGUUGUCGUAUAAGGAAAUAUACAUAUUUGUCGGGACAUUUGCACAUCGUUGACAGUACCGUUAUGUUUUGUGCAUCAACUUGUUGUAGAUCGGUCAACCUGUGCGCCUCCCGUCUCAUUCUUACUGUAUUUAUGCACAAGGCUAAAGUGCAACAGAAAGGCCGUGACUUGCGUGGAAUGUGGACGCAGGUUUCCGAAGCGAAGCUCAGCGACAGCGGGUUGGGGCCUCGUGACGUUGAGCGUCGCGUCUGCCCGAAAAAGCGGAGUAAGAGGGAAGAGGAAUAACAAGAGUUUGAGUUUGAACACGGUGCCUGAUUGCUCGCUUGUGAAAAAAACCAGAAACCAUUAGCAGAUGUGUGACUUCCAGAGAAAGCUGCUCUCUUUGCUCGUUACUGCUCAUCAGGCUUUGUUGGCCUGCUGGCCAGAGUGAGUCGCCUGGAGGCCGUGGACAGUGAAGAUUAUGCGUCUUUUUGCCGCAGAGCCAAAGCUCUGAUAAUCCAAAACACAAGAACAAAGAAUUCAGAGGCACUAAAGGGAAAAAGUUCACUUGACUUUUACAAAAAGGACUCUUUUGUUUCAAACCCUUUAAGGACCAUUUGUUGUUUCCUUUGUGUGCUGAGAGUUUUGAGCUGCACUGAUACUAAGCUCUGUCUCUUCAUUAUGAUGAAACGUUGCACAUUUCCAAACUUCACUGUAAAGAUUCUUCUCAGUAUUUAUUUCAGUUUGUAUUUAUUGGUUUUAAUUCCCUCUUCAUUCCCGGUACAAAGUCAUAUUUUCUGCUUUAAUUUAACAGUGAAUUCCUUUUAACUUUAUUAAUGUUGUACAUUGUGUUACUUUGUGGUGGUUCGUGUAGUUAAUAAGUUGCAAAUAAGGUUAAAGGGGCAAAACAAACAAAAACGCUUUUCUUUUUCUGUCAGUAAAGAAAUGAAUAAAACGAUUCCCCGGAAAGGAA